AAUGUCUUCAUGGACCAGUUUCCUUUCUUUAAACAAUAGUCCAUUAAACAGCUCUCAUGCCUCCUCUCUAGACUAUAAUUUUCCUACUUAAUGGAAAUUCACAUGCUCUGUUAGUUGAAAAAGAAUUCACUCAUUCUUCUCCACUGAGUAUGCUUCACUUCUCCCCCUUUCCUUUUCUCCUUCAUUUCUAAGGAGUAUUUCAAGAACCCACAAAAAAAAAAAUCCCAUGAAAAGUUGUAAAGUUAUUCUCUUUUUCAUCCUUUAUUUGUUCCUCAUCUAUUUAUCAACUGCUUUCUCCCCUCAAGAUAACUACUUGAUAAACUGUGGUUCAAAUACUGAUGCUAUAGUUGAUAACAGGCACUUCCUUGGGGACUCUAAUGACCGAAAUUCAGUUCAUACCUCUCAAGGUAAGUCAAUUUUUCAAGAAAAUCUAAACCCAUCUUCCAAUUUGUCUUUGCUUUAUACUACUGCUAGAGUUUUCAAUGGUGCUUCAAAGUAUGUGCUGAAUAUCAAGAAGAUUGGGACCCAUUUUUUGCGCCUUCAUUUCUCUCCUUUCACUGCUCAGAAUCAUGAUCUCCGGAAAGCAAGUUUCAGUUUUUCUGCAAAUGGGGUUCUGCUUUUUAGUAAUUUUAGUGUUAAUACUACUGUGCUUAGAGAGUUCAUAUUGAUGGUGGAUAAUUUUGAGCUUGAAAUUGAGUUCACACCAACUUAUGAAUCCAAUUUUGCUUUUGUGAAUGCAAUUGAAGUGUUUUCAGCCCCUGAUGAUUUCAUAAUUGGUGAUGGGGCUAAAUCAGUUGGUCCUAGGGGAAUUCAGGAGUUCAGUCAGAAUAUGACUUUACAAACAUUAGAAACUGUUCAUAGGAUCAAUGUUGGAGGGUUGAAGUUAACUCCUUUUAAUGAUACUAUGUGGAGAAGUUGGGUUCCUGAUGAGGUUUUUCUUGUCUUGAAAUCUGCUGCUAAAAUAGCAAGAACCUCUCAUGUUCCAAAGUACCAAAAGGGUGGUGCCACAAGAGAAAUUGCUCCUGAUAAUGUGUACAUGACAGCACAGCAGAUGAAUAGGGAGAAUGUAACUACAGAUUUCAUAUUCAAUAUCACAUGGAACUUUCCUGUGGAUGCUGGAGAUGCAUCGCACUUUGUUCGUUUACAUUUCUGUGACAUUGUUAGUAUGGCGCCUGGCCAGUUGUACUUUAAUGUAUAUCUCAACGGGUUCACAGCGUACAAAGACCUUGAUUUGUCUUCCGUUACAUUCCGUGAGCUUGCUACACCAUAUUACAUAGAUUUUGUGGUGUACUCAGGCAGUUCAGGCGUUGUGCAAGUAAGCAUUGAUCCUUCUAACCUAAGUAGUACUAUGAGGAAGAAUGCCAUUCUGAAUGGUGUUGAGAUUAUGAAAAUGGUUAAUUAUGUGGCUUCAAAAUCAGGUUCUAAGAAGAGAAAUGUUUGGGUUAUAGUGAGUUCUGUUCUUGGAAGUUUUAUUCUGCUGAGUGUGGUGAUACUUGCUGCCUUGCUAUUCUUUGUCUGCAGAAAGAAAAAGCUAAAACCAAAGCGUUCAGAAAGCGCUGGCUGGACGCCUUUAUGUCAAUAUGGAAGUACUUCCCAUGGUACAUUGUCUGAUGGGACUUCAGCUGGACCAAAUGUAUUUCUAGGUCAGAGGAUUCCCUUUGCCGAAAUACAAUUGGCUACUAAUAAUUUUGAUAAGAGUUUGAUAGUUGGUUCUGGUGGCUUUGGGAUGGUAUACAAAGCAGUUCUUGGAGACAACAGAAAAGUUGCUAUAAAGAGAGGUGUUCCAGGUUCCCGGCAGGGUCUGCCUGAAUUUCAUACUGAAAUCACAGUUCUUUCCAAGAUUCGCCACCACCAUCUUGUUUCACUUGUAGGUUAUUGCGAAGAACAGUCUGAGAUGAUACUUGUUUACGAGUAUAUGGAGAAGGGACCUCUUAAGAGGCAUUUGUAUGGUGCAGGAAUAACACCCUUAUCUUGGAAGCAAAGGCUUGAGAUAUGCAUUGGUGCAGCAAGAGGCCUCCACUACCUUCAUACAGGUUUUGCUCAAGGAAUUAUCCAUCGCGACAUCAAGUCAACAAACAUCCUGCUUGAUGAAAAUUAUGUUGCUAAGGUUGCUGAUUUUGGUCUCUCAAGGACAGGCCCAUGUCUCAAUGAGACCCAUGUCAGCACUGGUGUAAAAGGAAGUUUCGGCUACCUUGAUCCGGAAUAUUUUCGGAGGCAGCAGCUUACAGAUAAGUCAGAUGUUUACUCAUUUGGAGUUGUUCUUUUCGAAGUCUUAUGUGCUAGACCUGCCAUUGAUCCUCUGCUUUCACGGGAGCAAGUGAAUUUGGCCGAAUGGGCUAUGCAGUGGCAGAAGGACGGACAACUAGAGCAGAUUGUUGAUCCCCGUAUCAGAGGUCAGAUAAAGCUAAGCUGUUUGAAGAAGUUCGGGGAGACUGCAGAGAAAUGUUUGGCUGAUUAUGGUAUCGAUAGGCCAACGAUGGGUGACGUGCUGUGGAACUUGGAAUAUGCAUUCCAGCUUCAAGAAUCUGAUUCACUUACAGAACCCCAUGAGAUUUCUAAUUCCAUCUCUCCACCGCUGCCACUGCCAGAGAGUCUCCGCAACACCCAAAAUGAGGCAUAUACUGGUGAUGGGGCUUCAGAUAUAUCAACAAGCCAGGUAUUUUCACAAUUGAUGACCAAUGAAGGCAGAUAACUAGUCUACAGUAUAGCGCACCGUCAAAUGUUCGCUCAACUGUUGAUUUUAGUUUACAAUAGCAUUUUCUUAUUAAAAGUUUUCGUAAUUGGCAGAGCCAUCAUUUGCUUUUUGAACCAUGAUUCAUGUAGAAUAUACUGAAAAAGUGUAUCAUACAAUAAUCUCUCCUAUGAUGUAAUCCUUGUCAUGCUCGUGCUCCUUGGAAGAGAAACAUAGUACUUGAAUGAUGAACAUCUAAAAUUGUCUAUAAGCAGAAAUUUGAUUGCAUAUCAA